UAAAAAUAUUUGGAAAAUUAAACUGAAAAGGGGGAGGUGCAUCUUAUUUUUUUUAUCAAUGUUCAUGCACUAUUCUACUAUAUAAACUAUAGGUUAGUGAACAAUCAUCACACACACAAACAUGAUUUUCAUUAUUCCCAUGUCAACUAAGAAACGCCGAGAUAUGGUGAAUAAAUUACGCAAGCUUGAGAAAGUUGUGGUGUGCAAGAACAAAAAUUGGAGAAUUGAUGAUGAUGAGGUGAAAAGUAAGAAGAAGAAGAACAACAACAAAAACAACAUCAAUAGGAUCUUGAUAUCGAUCAAUAUUGUGGGUAGCUCGGGACCGUUAACAAUGGUGGUGAAUGAGGAUGAUGCUGUUUGUGAUGUUAUUGAGAAAAGUCUCAAAUCUUAUGCACGUCAAGGGAGAUUACCCAUUUUAGGAUCUGAUGUCACAAAUUUUGAUAUUUACUGCUCAAAUGAUGUCUCUGAUGCUCUAAGCCCAUCGGAACCUAUAGGAUCUUUUGGGACAAGAAAAUUUGUGCUAUGUGAAAAACCACCAUCUCCAACAAAGACAGAAGCACGAUCAAAGAUGAUGGCUCGAAAGGGAAGUGGAAGCUGGAAAUCAUUAAGUUUCAAAAAAGUUCUUUCAGCACUGGAAUGUGUAUCUAUUAGUAGCAGAGCUUAGUUUUCUUUAGAUCCAUAAUGUAUGCAUUUUACAAAACGUUCAUUUAGCAAUAUUGUUGAGAAAUUAGUGGCUUUAAUUCUGUAAAAAAAGCGACUUUCAUGUUUGGUUGGAAUAAUAAAAAACAUGAAUAAGAAAUAAGUUAUGAACGAAAAUAGAC